AUGGUAGAAAACUUUGUAAUGGAUGUGGUGAGAAGAAACUGCCUGGAUCCUGUGUGGGACGCCAGCUUUGAGCUGCUGGUGACUUUGGAAGACACCGUGGAGUUCACCGUCAGCGACUUCGACAAAAUCGGGAAGGCGGAUCUGUUGGGCCGGGUCUCCGUGAGCGCCAAAGAGCUGCUGGAGGGUUUCGAGGAGGAGCUUGUGCUUUUGGAGUCCACCAAGGACAAGCGCCCCAAGGCGCUCCUCAAGGCCGGCGAGGAGCAGGCCUUCCUCCACAUCCGCGCGGAGGGCAUCGCCUCUCUGCCGACCGCCGAAGCGCCCACCGCGGCGGCGGCGCCGCAACCGCCGGCGCCGCCGUCGCCGCCGUCGCCGCCGGCAGAAGUUCCGGCGGCGGAGACCGCCGCGCCGGAAGGCAAGAGUUCCGACGAUGAGGCGUUGCGGCGCCUGCGGCGGGAGUCCAUCCAGAGCGGCCUCACCAUCCGCGAGGUGCGACAGUUGUCUGCAGCAGAGCUGGAGCGGUGGCUGGAGGAGGAGCGGCAGCGCCGGGUGCUCCGCAGCUCGCGCCGGGACGAAGAGCGCACCACUCGCAAGGCAAAUCUGGAGGAGGAGGAGGGGCAGUGGUGGUCGCCGGACGCUUCGACCCGCGACUGCGCCAAGUGCGGGGCGGAGCUUCCGCUGGUCGCCAAGUUCUGCAGCGACUGCGGAUUCCCGCGGAUGGACGGCGGAUCGCUCGACGUCGCUUGA